UUUUUUUUUCCCAAAAGAAAGUCCAAAGUGCGAAACGACAACGGAAAAUAAAACAACUCUCUUGCCAUCAUGACCGAUCCCAUUCAAGCGACAAUUGUACGUGAUGCAAAGUAUGACCUGUUCAUCGAGUGGCUUCGACAGCACGAAUUCCCAGAAACCAAGCUCACACUAGCCAACUUUUCAAAUACGGGUCGUGGUAUGUUGUUUAGUUACUAUAAGAAAAUUUUAGGGGAUCAAAAAAUUCAGGGUCUAACGUAAUCCCAAAAGGCAUGAUGGCAACGUCGGACAUUGCGGCAGGAGAGGUGAUUGUCUCGGUGCCCAAGAAAUUUCUAAUGACAAAGGAUACCUUGCUAAGGUUAUACGGUCCGCAUUCACUGAGCACCCAGCAACUCCUGGCCGUUCACCUUGUCUUGCUGUCACAGGAACCGCAGUCAUGGUGGAAACCUUAUCUUGACCUGUUACCAUCACAUUUUGAUACCAUGCCAGUAAAAUUUCCAAAAAUGCUCGCGGAUCACUUGCCGGCUUCACUUCAUGAGGAAGUCGCACAACAAAAAGCCAAAAUUCAAUCCGAUUACCUAUCAGCUUCACGGUUUCUUCAGGCGAAAAGUGCCCAAACGGGAAAAACGUAUACCAUGACACCUGAGGAAUAUGAAUGGGCAUGGCUCUGUGUCAAUACUCGUUGCAUUCAUAUGGCGACUGCGUAUUCUGCGGGACAGGCCGGUAAUUUGGCCAUGGCACCCAUGCUGGAUUUUCUAAAUCAUUCUUGCGAAGCACAAAUUGACAGCGGGUUCAAUCAACGGCAGCAAUGCUUUGAAAUUCGGACCCUCAUACCGUAUCGUAAAGGAGAACAAGUGUUUAUCAAUUAUGGGCCGCACGACAAUUUUGCCAUUCUUCGAGAAUACGGGUUCGUGCUGUCUAAUAAUUUUUAUAACUUUGUGCCACUCGACAAGGAAGUCUGGGAGCUAUUUGAAGAAAUGGAAAACAAAACUGCGUGUGCGAUCAAGAAAAGCGCUUUGGAGAGAGCAGGUUACGCAGGUGAUUAUUCGAUGAAGAAGAAUGAAGCGUCCUUUCGACUCUUGUGCGCGUUACGGUUGUUGGCCAUUGAGGGAGCGGGACGACCGGGAUUUGAACGGCGGGUCCAGGAGUGGCAGGAUGUGCUCAUGGGAGAAACAGAGUAUAUCAGCAUCGAUAACGAACGGCGAGUCUUUAUCAUGCUCAAGUGGCUGUGUGACCGAGUCAGCCAAACCGCAACUAAACAGCAAGAAGCACUAUCACAACUGUCGACCAAAGUGCAAGAAAGCAAGAUCCAUCCAUUUGCGCUUCGUUUCCUGAAACAAAUUUGGCAAGAAACCCAGGAUAUUGUCAACACCAUGCUAAUAGAAACAGAAACAAAACUGCAGUCCUUCUAAAUACGCUGUAUUGGAUGAUGAUACCCGGUACAAACAACUGGAAAGGAGGCAAAAAAGUAGACCAUCGCCUGACGAAAAAAAAUAAAAAAGUAACAGUUUAUG